CCCGGGAGGACGUAGCAGCCCCUUCGGCAAGAUGGGCUGCACGCUGAGCGCCGAGGACAAGGCGGCUGUGGAGAGGAGCAAGAUGAUCGACAGGAACCUGCGCGAGGAUGGGGAGAAGGCGGCCAGGGAGGUCAAGCUGCUCCUUCUAGGAGCUGGUGAAUCAGGGAAAAGCACAAUUGUCAAACAAAUGAAGAUUAUCCAUGAGGCUGGUUAUUCAGAAGAAGAGUGUAAACAGUACAAAGCUGUUGUCUACAGUAACACCAUUCAGUCCAUUAUUGCUAUCAUUAGAGCAAUGGGGAGGUUGAAGAUAGAUUUUGGUGAUCCAACCAGGGCUGAUGAUGCUCGUCAACUGUUUGUGUUAGCUGGAGCAGCAGAAGAAGGAUUUAUGACUGCUGAGCUUGCUGGAGUUAUCAAGAGACUGUGGAAAGACAGUGGAGUUCAAGCUUGUUUCAACAGAUCUAGAGAAUACCAGCUUAAUGACUCUGCUGCCUAUUACUUGAAUGACUUGGACAGGAUAGCACAAACCAGCUACAUUCCAACUCAACAGGAUGUUCUCAGGACUAGAGUGAAAACCACAGGAAUAGUGGAAACUCACUUUACUUUCAAAGAUCUUCAUUUUAAGAUGUUUGAUGUUGGAGGUCAAAGAUCAGAGCGGAAGAAGUGGAUUCAUUGUUUUGAGGGUGUUACAGCAAUUAUUUUUUGUGUGGCAUUAAGUGAUUAUGACUUAGUCUUGGCUGAAGAUGAAGAAAUGAAUCGGAUGCAUGAGAGCAUGAAAUUGUUUGACAGUAUCUGCAACAAUAAAUGGUUCACAGACACUUCUAUUAUUCUCUUCCUAAACAAGAAAGAUCUCUUUGAAGAAAAAAUCAAAAGAAGUCCCCUCACUAUUUGCUACCCUGAAUAUUCAGGAUCUAACACUUAUGAAGAAGCAGCUGCCUACAUUCAAUGCCAGUUUGAAGAUCUGAACAAAAGAAAAGACACAAAGGAAAUCUACACUCAUUUCACAUGUGCCACAGAUACAAAGAAUGUGCAAUUUGUUUUUGAUGCUGUAACUGAUGUAAUUAUAAAAAAUAACCUGAAAGACUGUGGCCUCUUCUAAGAGCAAGCAGAUUUUUGUUAAAUGGUAAAUUAAAUAUCUGAAAACAGGACUUCGGCAUUUGGGAUAUGGCUAUGUAGUGUAAAACUUACAGAUAUACUUAUUUCUCUUUUAUUUUUAGGUUUGAAGAGCGACCACACAAUUCUAAUCUGGUUUCAAGGUGAAAGAAUUAUAAAAUGUUGUGUUUAAUGAUAGAUCAGUACUGUACUUGCCUGUUUUAACAGCUUUAUUUAUGUUUGUCUUGUAAAUUUAAGUAAUUGGGUAACUCUGAAAUGUCUUUUGACUGUAUGUAUUCUUAUAAUUGUAGUAAUGUAUUUGUAUAAACGUUGAACAGAAUAUUUUAGUAACUUGAUGUCUUCUAAAAUUUCCAUGUUUUAUUAAAAUGCUGUUGGAGGGGACAGACACUUUUUUGCCUUUGGAUUAUUUAAACAUCUUGUAAAAUUAAAUUCUUUUCAUCGUAA